AUGCCUGUGAAGGACCCCAAACGACCAUGGGGCGGCAAAUGCAAUGAGUGCAAAGGGACAUUUUGUUCAGGUCACUACCUUAAAGCAGAAGAAUGCAUUGGACUUGCUAUGGAUCAGCCCAUAGAUAAUCAAAAAAUUCAGCCGCCGUCGGCUUUCUUAAAAGCGGAGUUUUCAAAAUUGAAAGACCACUCAAAGAUUCCUGUCAGCAUCAUGGAACGAUGUGCACAGGAAACUCUACUUAGCCUGGACGAG